AUGACCGAUAAAUCGUGGUUCGAAACGAUAUUCUGCUGCUGCAAUCGACGGCCAGUGAUUCGGCGAGAAAUCAAAUUGGGAUGUUUCGGCAUUGGUGGUGCUGGAAAAACGUUCUUUCUGAAAGUUCUCAAAGGAGAAGAUCCUCGCGAUUUGCUCCGUACCAACGGGUUUUCGACGAUCAAAAUGGAAUACGAUGAAUCGUUUCAAUUGACCGUAUACGAUGUGGGCGGAGACAAGGGAAUACGCGGUAUUUGGAGUAAUUACUAUGCUGAGGUCCAUGGUAUAAUCUAUGUGAUAGACUACUCGACGGAUGAGACAUUCUUGGAGUCAUUGGAGGCAUUCGACGCUCUCAAAAAUCACCCACAUGUCCUCAAAAAACCAAUUUUUCUACUUCUCAACAAUCAGAAUAACCGAGAAUUCGAUGACGUCGAAAUUUCCAAUGAGACAAACAUCCAGCCGGGACAGCACAAAUGCGUUCUGUUUUCCCACUUCAACAAGUACACUGGUUAUCUGAACAAUAUAAAAAAUGCGACGAUGACGGUGGAGGCGCGGACCAAGAAGGAUAAGCACGAGUUUCAGGAACAAUUUGGGAGAUUUAUUGAUUCGAUCUCUGAGCACUAUGUGGAGCUAUCUGAAGGCGUGAAAGCGGCCGAAUUAGCUCUGAAAAUUCGUCAAGAUGCAGCGAAAGAGCAACGACGUCUGAUGCAAAUGAAAGUGGAGCACGAUGCUUUGAAAGCUGACGUCGCUGGACUGGAACUUCGGAAUCCUCCACCUCAACCAGCUGCCCAACCGGUCCACCCUGAUCCGCCAUCCGAUCCCAAAUCCGCUUCAAUCAAUUUAGACGAGAGCCCACCACUUUCCCUUGCCAGCUCCACAAUCCCAUCUGAUAUUAUUCAGAGCUCACCGGAAGAAGUCACUCCCCGCGACCCGGUUCCUAAAAUCUCUCAAACUAGCACUCUGCCGGUGUCACCGCAAGACUCCCAUGCACACAUCAAGAUGGAAACACCGAUCCUCCGAGACAACUACUUUCUACCUCCGAAGACUCCGGGAAGACAGUACAGUAGGAUACAACGAAUCCAGAAUGUCCUCAAUGGUAGUCGAGUUGUGCCAAAAUGA